AUCUGAGAUUAAUUUUCAUUAUAUUUUUGUUCUGCUUCUAACUUUUACUUAUAAUCAACAAUGCCAAUAACUAAACAAAUUCAAAAAAAACACUUUUCCAAAUCACAAUAUAAAUCAAAUUCUAGAGCUCUAGAGUCUGCGUUAUCAUCGAAUUCAACGACAAAGCUAAAGAAAAAAAUUCGUGACCUUGAAAGGUACUUGAAAAAUCAAAAGCAAAAUGAUAAACAUAAUUCAACUCAAUUGGCCGAAAAUGAAAGAAUAUUAAACGCUUUGAAAAUAAAAUUACAAAAUCAAAAUCUUAAUUUAAAACAAAAACACUUGUUAAAAAAAUAUCAUAUGGUGAAAUUUUUUGAAAAAAAAAAGACCAUUAGGGUAUUAAAAAAAUCAAAUCAACAAUUGAUUGAUUUAAAAAAAAUAAAUAUAGACGACAAUCAAAUUAACCAAAUUGAAAACCAGUUGCUCAAUUCCAAAGUUGAUUUACUUUAUAUAAUAAAUUUCCCCAAAGACAAGAAAUACAUUGCCUUAUAUCCUAAUACCUCCAAAGAUAACAAUACCGAAAAAGUCGAUGAAAAAACAUUAAAAGGAAUUCAAAAAUCCAAUAAAUUCAAAGACGAGUUUAGAGCUAAAAUGAAAAGUUUGAUCCUUACGAAUAAUCAUGAUUUUAAUUUUGAAGAUAUAAUAAAUAAUAAAAAAUCUAUUAAAAUAAAUCACCAUAUUGAUUCAAUUAAAGCACAAGUAAUUGCAAAUGUCGAUGAAGCUGAUAAAAUAGUAUUUAAAAGUAAUAAUCAAAGUUCUAAUUACACUAAAGUCCCCAAAAUUAAUCAUGCUGAUAAUAAUUAUAUUACUAUUAACAAGAAUAAAAACAAUGAUAAUGAUGAAGAAGAUGAUUUUUUUGAAUAAAAAAAUGAAUUUCACAAUCAAGUUCACAAAAAUUAAUAGAUUUUUAAUUAUAUAUACAUCAAUUAA